AGGCGCACCCAAGACGUGCCCACCCAAGAGAAAGAACUAUCAAAACGCAGACUUUUCCAGUGCAGGAAGCACAGAUUUAUCGUGAAAGUGCAAAAGUGAGAACAAGUGAGUGAAAGUGCAAAAGUUUGUGAACGUCGCGAGUCGAAAAGUGCCUUUAAUUUCUGCUAAGUAGGCGCGAGAAUCUACAGGAAAUCCGGAUCUGCAUCCGUGUUGAAUCCAAAUUCUUUGUGCCGUUUGUUCGUGAUCCAGAAAUGUCGCACUAAGCAACAAUCAGCUUGCGAAGAAAGAGUUCCCCACAACAAGCGAGAGCGCGGAACACGCUAAAAAGACUUUUCGAAAGACACUUAAAAACCAUGCAAAUCGAGUACAAGCGGUGCGCGAAACUCUUCUCUGGUUGCGGCGUAGCUUCGCUGGUGGGCGUACUGAGCUACGAGGCAUACCGGACCUAUGCAGCACUAACCUCGCUUGUUGACACCCGCGCCCUGGACAUCGAUCGGAAGCGCCCUGAUUACAUCUACAUCAAACACCACAUUUACCGCCAAUCGCUGCGCGAACGAGCGGCCCACGAAGAGAACCGGAACCGGCUGAUGAGCGCCAUUGUUCAGCCGUUUGAGAAAUGGUGGAAAGCAUUGAAACACUCGGUGGCCUGGCGGUUGCUGCGGAUCGCCCAGCAGGGCAACCAGACGGAGCGCUUGAAGGCAGUGCAGCAGCUUGCCCAGAUCGAUCACUUGAAGGAUUGGGAUUUCCAGCACUUGGCACAGCUUUGCGACUACCAGACGGCCAUUUCGCUCGCUCGCUGCCACAGCGACACACGCUGGUUCCUGCCGCCGCGCCAGUACGGAGUCUUCAAGCAGAUGCGUGAGGUACUGGGGGAAAUGAAAGGACUGCUCGAGUUGCUCAAACCGCACAAGUGCGCCGAGUAUGCGCUCGAGCAAACGUUCGGCAGCUCGGGACACAUCCGCGAACCGGAUGGUGAUGAGGUGACGUAUCAGAUGUCGCCCUCGCGAUUCGAGUACGAUCAGCUUAAACAGGCCCUCAGCGCCCUGGUACACCUGACCGGCCUGAUGGGUGCGGAAGGUGAAGAGAACUGUCGGCGAAUCAUCGAAUCGGGUGGCCUGCUGCAGCUGAUCGAGGUGGAGAAACUGUUCCAAAACGACAUCGACAUGAAGCUGCUGGUCAGCCGGGUGGUGGCGAACCUGUCCGCAUUCGAGGGACGCGGUUAUGAGUUCUUCGCCAGCGGUUGGCUUCAUAUUUUGGCGCGCUGGAAGCGCGAUGUUGAUAUGCGCAUUCAGGUGACGGCCGAUCUAACGCUCGAGAAUCUCGAUCAGGACGAUCCGAAUGGGUUCCGCUACGCGCCGAAGGUGUAUCCGCUGCACCCUCGCGGACGCCAACAAGCGAAACCUGCCGUUGAUGUUGUAUUUAUCCAUGGGCUUUUAGGAGGUGUGUUUGUGACGUGGCGUCAGAAGGAUCUCAAACCACAGGCCGCCAGUCUGCUAGGUAAGAAACACACGUCAGUUCACUUAGUGUCCUCCGUAAGUCCUCCACAAACGACCACUACUACUACUUCACCGACACCGACGACAAACGCAAACGCCAUUGCCGCUCAUCGGCCGUCGCAAAAGCCUGCCGAGGAACCCGCGUUCCGUGGAACCCGCUGGAGUUGGUCUGCAAAAAAGUCUUCCUUCGAGGAGCGAGAGGAUGCUGCAGAAGAGGGCAUAACGGCAUACGAAGACGAGCUGCUUACGUUCCAAGAGUCGACCACACCGAAAACGCGCGAUCCGUCGAUCAGUGAUACCGAAACCAAAGAGCUCAUCGAAGCCCUACAGCAGGAGGAACCGCUCAGUUCCGACUGGACUGUCGUCUAUCCGGACGUUCCACUUGCAGGCGAAGAACGGCCAACCGGAACCUCCUCGGAAGAAGCGUUCAGCGUUUCCGGUGAGCGCUGGUUGCAGGAACCUCUCGAUGCUGGUCAGCGAUCGUUCUGCUGGCCAAUGGAAUGGCUCCCGAAAGACUUUCCCAACAUUCGUGUUCUGGGUCUCAACUACGAAUCCUCGCUGUCCCAGUGGUCCGCGACGGGCUGCCCGUGCGAGAAGUACGACGGCAAGCUGCAGAAGCGUGCCUCUGAGUUUCUGGAAAAAUUGGCCACCUCGAACGUUGGACAAGAUCGCCCAAUCAUCUGGGUGGGACACUCGAUGGGUGGCCUGCUGAUCAAGAGCAUUAUGGUGCAGGCACUCGAAAGCAGUGACCCACGGAUCAGACGGCUUGCGGAAAACUCCAAAGUGGUCAUGUUCCUUGGCACACCGCACCGAGGAAGCAGUGUGGCCAAGCUGAAGCAACACACUUCAGCGCUAGUGUGGCCCUCGGUAGAAGUCCGUGAACUCGAGGAAAACUCGACCCAGUUGCUGCAUCUUAACAAAACGUUCCUCCGAGCGAUCGAUCAUCUGGGACCGCGGAAACCCGAAAUCAUCAGCCUUGGCGAGGGCAAGCCUACCCUCCUGACGUCUUUCAAGCUGUCCAUCCACGUCGUACCGGAAUCUUCGGCUCGCAUCGAUGCCGGAGACUUUUACCUCACCAGCGAGGAUCACCUGAAUCUCAGCAAACCGUUCUGCCGGCAAUCGUUCCUCUACCAGCGGCUCCGUGGCGCAAUAGAGGGAGCUAUCCGAGAGCAGACGAGCAAGCAUGAGCCCGCCCCAGAGGCAAAAGUACAGAGUGCCAACCAUGCAGCGCAGAUUUACCAUGGCACGCGAAAGACCACAGCCGCCGGAGCUGCGUCAACAGCCCUUUCAAUGCUCUACACUCAGCUGAAGCAGUUCGAGCAGUUGAUGAAUAUUUUCAUCUAAAUCCGCGCUCGGAAGCGCAGGGAUUGACCAACGUCAGGGCUGUGAUGCCGACUCGUUGGCCGCCUGAACUCUAUUAAUAAGUGCUUGUAGCGCGUACAAACACAAACGCGAUCGAGAGUGAAGCUCACCGUCUCUCGGUCUUGAAUCUAUUUAUUUUUAAAACUGGCCGGUCCACUACCGACUGGGAGAGAACCUGUUACAAAGCAUUAUGACAAAGAUUUUUUAUACCGUGCAAGUAUUUAGCAACAAUAAAAGGAAC